AGAAGAAAACAAAUAAUUCUCAAUUAUUUCUUUCAGGCGUGGCGUGGUAGUGUACUACAUACACCACUACAGUACACACUCAAUUCAGUUUUCAUACAAAUACUCAAGCAAGCCUCUCACGACUUACUAAGUGAAGAGAGAGAGAGUUUUAGAGAGAGAGAGAGAGAGAGAGAGAGUAAUGGAGGAGAGACCAGAGUCGGAGCUGAUAUCAAUACCGGCGACGCCACGAGUGUCGACGCCGGAGAUACAGACACCAUCUGCGCAGAGGUCGCCGAGGAAGGAGGCGAAGUCGUCGAAUGCGUGGACGCCGACCUCGUUCAUAUCGCCGCGGUUUCUGAGCCCAAUAGGGACGCCGAUGAAGAGGGUGUUGAUAAACAUGAAAGGGUACUUGGAGGAGGUGGGUCACCUGACCAAGCUCAACCCUCAGGACGCCUGGCUUCCCAUCACCGAGUCUCGCAACGGCAAUGCCCAUUACGCCGCCUUCCAUAACCUCAAUGCCGGUGUUGGCUUUCAAGCUCUUGUCUUGCCCGUUGCCUUCUCUUUCCUCGGCUGGAGUUGGGGAAUCCUGUCCUUAACCAUAGCUUACUUCUGGCAACUAUACACUUUGUGGAUUCUAGUUCAGCUACAUGAAGCAGUUCCCGGGAAGAGGUACAACAGAUAUGUGGAGCUUGCACAAGCAGCAUUUGGAGAAAGAUUAGGAGUGUGGCUUGCUCUUUUCCCUACCGUUUACUUGUCAGCAGGGACUGCAACAGCUUUGAUUCUUAUAGGAGGGGAAACCAUGAAACUAUUUUUCCAGAUAGUUUGUGGACCCCUCUGUUCAUCAAAUCCUCUCACAACUGUAGAGUGGUAUUUGGUGUUCACGUCUCUAUGCAUUGUACUAUCCCAGCUCCCGAACCUUAACUCAAUUGCAGGACUCUCUCUGAUAGGGGCAGUGACAGCCAUUACGUACUCCACCAUGGUUUGGGUCCUAUCAGUGAGCCAACAGAGGCCACCCUCAAUGUCUUAUGAACCCAUUUCAUUGCCUUCCUUUUUUGCCUCUAUCUUCUCGGCCUUGAAUGCACUUGGAAUUGUAGCUUUUGCAUUCAGAGGCCACAAUCUCGUCCUUGAGAUUCAGGCAACAAUGCCAUCAACUUUCAAGCACCCAGCGCAUGUACCCAUGUGGAGAGGAGCAAAAGUUGCCUAUUUCUUGAUUGCUAUGUGCUUGUUUCCUGUUGCUAUAGGAGGCUUUUGGGCUUAUGGAAAUCUUAUGCCUUCAGGAGGAAUUCUCAAUGCUUUGUUUGCAUUUCACAGUCAUGACAUUCCAAGAGGACUUCUUGCAGUGACAUUCCUUCUAGUUGUGUUCAACUGUUUGAGUAGUUUCCAAAUAUAUUCAAUGCCUGUUUUCGACAGUUUUGAAGCGGGCUACACCAGCCGUACCAACCGGCCUUGCUCAAUCUGGGUUCGUUCUGGUUUCCGAGUCUUCUAUGGAUUCAUCUCCUUCUUCAUUGGGGUGGCACUUCCCUUCCUUUCCAGUCUUGCUGGCUUGUUAGGAGGACUUACUCUUCCAGUCACAUUUGCUUACCCUUGCUUCAUGUGGGUUCUCAUAAAGAGACCGACAAAGUACAGCUUCAAUUGGUAUUUUAAUUGGAUCCUUGGGUGGUUGGGCAUUGCUUUUAGCUUGGCCAUUUCAAUUGGAGGUAUUUGGAGUAUGGUGAACAGUGGACUUAAGCUUAAGUUUUUCAAGCCCCCCAACUGAGAAUGGUUGAGGGCUUUUUGCUUUCUGUAGAAAUAACAUGUUGCUAUAUUGCGGUUUUGGUGUUGGAAACUCUAUAUGUAAUGUAUGCAUCUUUCAAAUGUAAUGCAUAUAUGGUUUGCUCAAGUGUUCAACCUCUAGUGCUCUUGGAA